GAUCCUCCACCAUGUAUGCCGGCAUCGGAACGCUAUCGGACGCACGAUGGCACAUGCAACAACAAGCGCAGGCCGCGCUGGGGCGCUGCCCAGAUGCCCUUCAAUCGUUUUCUGCCGCCCGAAUACGGCGAUGGAGUGGACAGCGUACGCAGCUCUACAGAUGGCAACACUUUGUCCUCGUCCCGCUUUGUCAGCCUGCUGGUGCAUGGAGCCCGCGAAGGCGAAGCGCCUUUGACGCUCAUGAUAGCGCAGUGGGGCCAGAUGCUGGAUCACGACAUGACGUCCACGGCACAGCCGCGCUCAAUUAAUGGCUCCAUACCCAGCUGUUGUGGCGGCAAGGACUUUCAUCCGUCGUGCUUUCCCAUCAAGGUGCCACUGGAUGAUCCAUGGCUGUCGCCGCUUAAAGUUCGCUGUCUGGAGUUCCUACGUUCCGCACCAGCUCAACGACGCGAUUGUGUUCUAUCCUGGCGGGAGCAAACCAACCAGGCCACAUCCUACAUCGACGCCUCACCCAUAUACUCAAACAGUGCCAAGUCCUCGGACAAUGCGCGCAUUUUCCGAAAUGGCUUGCUGAUAUACGGCCGCGGCAAUCCAGCCGAAGACGUGUGCCAACGCGGCGCUAUUGCCACGCAAUGCAUCAGAUCGGGCGACGGACGUAGCGGCGAGCAGCCCGGUCUCCUGGCCAUGCACCAUGUGUGGGUUGGCGAACACAAUCGCAUUGCCAUGGAGAUCAGUGAGCUGAACCCACACUGGAGCGACGAGAAGAUCUACCAGGAGACGCGACGAAUUAUCGGCGCCAUGUUUCAGCAUAUUACCUAUCGAGAGUUUCUGCCGGUCGUCCUAGGCCAAGAGGUGUGCAAGUUGUUUGACUUGGAGCUCAUGAGCACCGGUUACUAUGAGGGCUAUGAUCCAAAGGUCAAUCCGACAGUAGCCAAUGCCUUCUCCUCAGCCGCAUUUCGGUUUGGCCACUCGCUGGUCCAGAACUCCUACAUGCGAUGUGAUCGCCAUCACAAUAUAAUCAACAACAACGUUAGUUUGCAUGAGGAGUUUCAAAACGGGGACAUUGGAACUGCGGGUUCACUGCAUCGUCUGCUACGCGGACUGGCAUCCCAACGAGCGCUGAAGCGAGACGAGUUUAUUACGCCAGAGCUGACCAAUCACUUAUUCCAAACCCCAGGAUUUCCCUUUGGCCUCGACCUGGCCGCCAUCAAUAUUCAACGCGGACGCGAUCACGGCUUAGCGCCAUACACUGCGUGGCGAGUGCCUUGUGGUCUCAGUCCGAUUCAAAGCUGGGAUGAAUUCGCUAAUGUGGUGGGACCAGAGUCAGCGAAGCGAAUAGGACACGCUUAUCGCAGCGUUCACGACAUCGAUCUCUUUGUCGGCGGCAUUGCGGAAAGACCUGUAGUAGGUGGGCUGGUAGGUCCAACUUUUGCAUGCAUCAUAGCCCAGCAGUUUAGUAAUUCGCGACGUGGCGAUCGUUUCUGGUAUGAAAAUGGCGGUUUCGAGAGCUCCUUCACGCCGGCUCAGCUCCACUCUCUCAGAAGAGUCUCUCUCGCCCAAGUUCUAUGUCGAGCAGUGGGCGGCGGCACGUUUCAACCUCAUAUUUUCAUUCCUGCUGAGUUUACAGACAACGAACGACAGAACUGCGGCACUGGCAUACUGGGAUUCAUUGAUUUAAGCCCUUGGCUAGAGCAGGAUCCAUUCUUGCCGGCCAAGUCACAGCCCGAACAUGUUUUUAACAUUGUGCAAUCGGAGUUGUCCCAAGAUGAAAUAGGUGUCGUACCUGUUGUCAAGGAAGACAAGGCGGGCUUUUCUAACCGUGUGAAGCCUAUGCAGCCCCAUGUUAGCUUUAGCCCCAACUCAGCUACAGGCUUCCUCCGACCGACGAACGCAAAUAUAAGCAAAAUAAACGACAAGCUCGACCUUAAACGUAAGACGUUGACCGUGACCAAGACGAAGACAAGCAACAAUAGCAACAGAAAUGUGACACCAACUCGAGGCGUUAACAAUAAGCUAGAUAAGUCGCCUAAAAUAACUAUUAAUAUCAAGAACGUAAGCAUUAGAAAACCCGGACUUACAAGUCCUAAGCGCACAGUGAUUAUAAACAACGUACCUAUUGAACUACGUAGUGCCGGGGAUGAUAAUAUAACUUCUUCGACAAAGAGAGACCACGACUUAGCCUUAAAUACAGAAACAGAACUGCAACUUAAUGAUACGGAACUGCCAGAAUUACGACAUGUCGACAGUGUACAGGGAACGGACUUACAUUCCGACUCGACAAUGCUUACUGACAGAUCAGAAACUACAACUGAAACAUCCCUAGGAUCACAUUUACAAGACGACGCUCUUGACCCACUCAGACAAAAUUCUGCAGAUCUUAGCAAUAUUAAACGCGUGCAGCGUGAAGUGGCAAAGCCGAACAUAACGGACGUAGUGACCGAAACUAAACUUUUGCACGGACAACGAAAUCGGACAACAACCCAUACUACAACGACCAAGGAAAUAUCGAAAACCACGGCAGGCAUUGCCCGUAGUCGUACCACUAAGUCUUCCAAAAUAUCUAAGACAACAAAACGUGGCGUGGAACUGCGUAGCCACUACCAAAGUAGACCUGUCUACCCCCAAAAGGUAGUUGUAAACGGACCCAACUCAAAUGACCAGUACGAAAUAGAGAUUAAUAUACGGCAGACAAACAAAAGUCCAGUAACAAGACCCCUUACCGCAGAGUAUACCGACUACACGACAUCGACCAUUUACAGACCCUACAGCAACUACGAAAACAGCUACGCACCUCAGUUCAUGGACUAUGGCAGCACAACGCCCAGUUACGGUUAUUACCCAACGCAUAGGGACAGCAUACCACAGUUACAGAAAACGAAGCCGCCGACUAUCAUCUACCUGAACGAUAACGAUGACAGACGUACCACAACACGGGCACCGAAUAUUUUUCAAAACUUUUUAAGUUUUGCGACCAAUACCUUUAAUCCGAACGCCAACAGACGACCUACCCAAGCGCCUAGUCCACUUUCAUCGAUCCACCAAGAGCGACCUUAUCAAGAGACUCAUGUAAUAAAUAGUCCGAUCAGCAGCUCUCACAGCAUAACAAGCUCAGCUCAAUAUGCUCCACGUCCACCUCAAUCCCAUUCAAUUUCGAGCAGUUCCCAGAUUGGCGGAAACCCGCAAAGUAAUUAUUUACAUGCAUCUAGUUCGGCCGUUAGUUCUGGAAACUAUGGAAGUAUUUCUGGUGUGGCCAGUGCGAAUGGUGCCGACAGCAUAUUCAGCUUCAAUAUACGUCCACGUCCUGAUAACAAUCCUGUUUUUAGUUCCUACCCACGUCCGCAAAACUUAGGUGGAAGCUACGGUCUGGUCUCACAGUCGCCGUACAAACCCGACUACCAACAAAGCCAAAGCGAACUGUAUUACGAUCGGGAACUAAACCAAAAUCCCAGUCCUUUUUCCACUGGUUCUCUCGUGGGUCAUAGACCACUGACACAGACGCAAACAUACUACGCCCGUACGCCGGAACUGAAGCAGUUAGGGAGUAACAUUAACGAGAUUUCGAAUACCGAUCACAAAUUGGACAAUUUUAAAGACUACGAUUUUUUAAGUCGCACGUUAAGCAAUGUGACUGCAGAUGACCUUACGCCGGACAGCACUGACGAUUACACUUACGACGAUGACGAACAAAGCAAAAACAUUGACUUUACGAAAGUAGGCAAGCCGAUAGAUAACCGGACAGCAUCACAUGACAAUACACAUAUUAACUUACUCGUGGACAACAAGAUACUGAAAAACUCAACUACGACCGCUUCGAACACGACUUACCUGAACGAUAAUUUUGUAUUGCCCAUGUUGGAGAACACGACACAGACAUCGUACGUGACAGAAAUGCCCAAGCCAAUGCUGAGCACCUCCAGCCGUAGCAUAACCAAUAGCAAAAUUACAGUUUUUUCGGACAGCGUGGGCAAGCAGUUGGGUAGUAACAUCUUAGCCGAUGCCGAUGACUAUGACGAACGAUCAGCAGUUGCUAGUGCAGCUGUUCAACAGUUGACCAAUGUGGCCUUUGCCCCGAUUAACGUGCUGACAAAACCGGACAGACCGGACAACUGGGUAAUAUAUAAUAAGACAAAUGAGGAACCGCCCCUACCACAGCCGCCAGCAGUGAGCUCCGGCAUGGGCGUUGAACCCGCUGCAGAGAUCCCAAAGCCGUUUCAUAUUGUGCGACAAAAACAGAAUAUGCGGGAGGCAGAAACAUCAGAUGCAAAUCUAAAACCACUAAAAGAUGCAAUCAGAAAGAACACUACAAAUUAG